CUCGUCAUGGUAUCAUUGGCCAGAGUAAACGUACUUGUCCUCUUUCUCUACCCGAUUUGGUAGACUUGCUUGCACGCGUACACAAUGGAGCACAGCAGCUCGGGUACUAUAGAGUUGAAGAAAUCAGAUGGCACGGAAGAAAGGAGUCAUCGUUCACCACCAGCUCACUAUACCUUCGAUGGCGUAAGAGGAUGGCGUCGCUACAGGUGGCUGCGGCCAGGCUGGGGCAUGUAUCACGACGUCAAGCGUCGUUUGCCUUAUUACUGGACCGAUAUCACAGAUGCCUGGUCAUAUAGAGCUGUUGCAGCAACUAUUCGCAUGUACUUCGUCAAUCUGUUGCCCGCCCUGGCAUAUCUCCUGGACAUGCAACGACGGACUGGUGGCUUUUAUGGAGUAAAUGAAGCACUGUUCGCAUCUGCUUUGGCUGCCGUCGUGUUCAGCAUUCUCGGUGCUCAGCCGAUCACGAUUGUCGGCAUCACAGGCCUGAUAUCACUCUUUAACUACACUACCUACGAUAUCAUCAGCUUGCAUGAUGUUCGCAUAUAUCCGCAAUUCAUGGCCUGGAUGGGGAUUUGGGCUGCCAUAUUCCACUGGAUCGCGGCUUUCUUCAACACCUGUGACUAUAUGCGCUAUGUGACGGACUUCAGCAGCGAGUCAUUUGGACUAUACGUCGGCAUCAUCUACGUUAUAAAAGGAGUCGAGGAACUAGCCAACGAGUUCUCCGUCAACAGCUACGAAUCCGGCUAUCUAGGGUGCAUAAUCGCAAUCCUCUACUUUGGUACUGUCUUUGGCAUUGAAAAGUUCGGCGUGGGUCUCUUCAUGAACCCAUCAGUCCGACGAUUCGUCGGCGACUACUCCUACGUCUUCGGCUCAAUCUUCUGGACCGGCUUCGCACACUUUCCCGGCCGCGUCAACGCAACACACGUCUCCUAUGUCCCCAUCACAAAAGCAUUCUACCCCUCCAUUCCACGUGCCUGGAUCAUCGAUUUCUGGACCCUCGACGUAAAAUGGGUCUUCGUCGCCAUGCCUUUUGGGUUCCUCCUCAUGUUGCUCUUCUACUACGAUCAUAACGUAUCCUCCAUCACCGCUCAAGCCCGCCACUACCCCCUCCUCAAACCUGGUGGCUUCCACUGGGACUUCUUCCUGCUCGGCUGCACCACACUCGUGUCCGCAAUUCUCGGACUUCCCAUGCCCAAUGGCCUCGUGCCCCAGGCCCCGGUGCACACCGACUCGCUCACAUACUACACGACUAACGUGCGCGCGCUGCGGCCCAUCACCGGUGCAUUAUCGCGCAUCCCCACCACGAAGCGGAACGAGCGGGACGGACAGAGCGACGAGAGGGAUCCUGCCGCAAACAACAACACCACCGCAGACGUAUACGCAGACGCAGAUGCAGAAACAAUCUACGAACCCAUCGUGCGCGCCACACACGUCCUCGAGCAACGUAUCACCCAUCUCGCAAUGGGCAUCCUGCUGAUUAUCACAAUGACACACCCACUCCUAGUUGUGCUGCACACAAUGCCGACGGCGCUCUUCGGCGGCGUGUUCAUCCACGUCGGACUAUCGUCGCUGCUAUCCAACGGCAUCGUGCUGAAGUGGAAGUACCUGCUUACCGAACGCCGCAUGGUUUCGGCGAAUGACCCGUUGAAGAAAGUAGGGAAUCGGAAGGUUUUACUGUGGACGGCGAUCCAGUUUGGGGUAGUGGCGGCCUGUGUUGCUAUCAGUCAGACGAUUGCCGCGAUUGGGUUUCCCGUGUUGAUUAUUGCGCUGAUACCCUUGCGCACGGCGUGGGUGCCACGGUGGUUUUCGAGGAAGGAGUUGGCAGUGCUGGAUGCGUUGACAGCAAACAGUGAGGUUGUGCUUGCUAGUCUAGGGGGUGCACCACCAGAUUUUGCGAGUGGACAGGGGGAGGAGUGAGUGGUAUCUGGUAUAAGAUUUGCUGCGAUAAGAUAGUUCACGGGCACCAAAUGAAAAUAAGAGUAAUGACAGUCUAUUGGUCUAUACCAAAUGAAUGUGAAUACAGAGGCCAGUUGAAUAUGGCUAUAGAGCUCUUUCCCUGAUGGAACAAUGACCUUG